AUGGACAAACAAAACGGACUAUUUCGGCAUUUAACUCUUAUCCUUGUUAUCAUCUAUUGGUGGUAAUCUACAGACACCUAGAAUCCAGUUCCUACCUUCUCUGGUAUCAAUCGUCAUCAACAGGGCGUUGCUCUAACCCCAUGUGCCCAAUUGUUCUAAUGUCCUACAGAUUAGGGUUAACUUGAUUUUGGAUUCGCACGACGAUUUUGAGUGGAAGUUGAUAAAGUAGACUUUGGAUUAUACGUCAGUUGCAGGCUUCCUCAAGGUAAUCAUUGGUGACUUCGGUGUACAAGGAGGACGGAUUAUAGUCGCUCAAUAUCUCAAUGUCUCAACUUAAGCUUUCAUCAUGGGUAUCUUCAGAUCAACCAUUUCAUAACCCUAAUCAUCUAUUCAUUCAACGUCGUUCAAAGUUAUUUCAAUCCGACAUCUCUCAUCCUUCAAAGUUAUCAAAUUUCCGAACAAUCAACUGCAGUCUUCGUGGACUCCGUCAACGUAUUGCCUCCGUGACUAACACACAGAAAAUCACAGAAGCAAUGAAACUUGUAGCAGCAGCAAAAGUCAGGCGCGCCCAAGAAGCCGUAGUUAAUUCCCGACCGUUCUCCGAAUCCCUUAUCGACGUUCUUUACAGCAUCAACCAACAGGCACAGUUAGAAGACAUUGACACACCUUUGACCAACGUUAGACCUGUCAAAAAAGUCGCCCUUGUUGUAAUAACAGGAGAACGCGGUCUGUGUGGUGGGUUUAACAAGUUUGUUCUUCGAAAAGCCGAAGCCCGGAUCGCCGAAUUGAAGAGUCUUGGUCUGGAUUACACUAUUAUUAGUGUCGGAAAAAAGGGUAAUUCGUAUUUUGUAAAAAGACCUUCAGUUUCGGUUGAUAGGUUUAUCGAAGGCGAGGGGUUUCCGACUGCAAAAGACUCGCAAGUGAUUGCCGAUGAAGUGUUUUCGUUGUUCGUAAGUGAAGAAGUCGAUAAAGUCGAGCUUUUGUACACAAAGUUCGUGUCUUUGAUCAAAUCGAAUCCCGUAAUUCAUACAUUGCUUCCGUUGUCUGCUAAAGGGGAGAUUCGUGAUGAAAAUGGUAACUCUGUUGAUGCAAGUGAAGAUGAGUUCUUUAGGUUGACUUCAAAAGAGGGAAAACUGGCUGUUGAGAGGGAUAAAUCAGUGGGUACGAGUGAAGGGUUUUUGCCGAAUAUGGAGUUUGAACAAGACCCUGCUCAGAUUCUUGAUGCGUUGAUGCCGCUUUAUAUGAAUAAUCAAAUUUUGAGGGCGUUACAGGAGUCGUUAGCUAGCGAGCUUGCUGCUAGGAUGAAUGCAAUGAGUAACGCUACUGAUAAUGCAAUUGAUUUGAAGAAGAGUCUUUCGACUGUUUAUAACCGUGAACGACAAUCUAAGAUUACUAAUGAUAUACUGGAGAUCGUUGCUGGAGCCGAAGCACUUUUAUAUAGCUAAGUUGGUCUGUUGUUGGACUCCAUAUUGAACUUGGGUAGAGAGGUUAUUGGUUAUUGAAAUUAGAAAUGAGGUUUUUGAUGGUCUUUUGCUUCUUAAAAUGUUGUAUUAUUGAUUUCAUUACAAUGACACCUGUUUUUCUUCAUUCAAUUGCUUAAUAGAAUAAAUAUUGGAUUUUAAAA